AGUCCCACCCCCCCCUCGGGCGCCGCAGUGCGCCGGGAGCGAGCGGAGCCGAAAAGAGGCGGAAAGAGCCGAACAAGAGGCGAAAAGAGGCGGAAAAACCCGAAUUAGAGCCGAAAAGAUACGGAAAUAAGCGAACCGGGAGACGAAAAGAGACGGAAAGACCCGAACCGGGAGACGAAAAGAGACGGAAAAACCCGAACCGGGAGCCGAGCUCCAGAGCCGAGCGGCGGCCGAAGCCGCGGGCCGGAAAGAACCGAACGGCGCCGGGAGCGAGCGGAGCCGAAAAGAGGCGGAAAGARCCGAACGGGAGGCGGAAAGAACCGAACGGGAGGCGGAAAGAACCGAAGCGGAGCCCUCACGGAGCCCCGGGAGGGUCCGGCCAUGCCUUGAAGCGGCUCCGUCCCGGGAUCUUCAUCCUCGUUCUCCUCCUCCUCGUCCUCCAUGGCCCGGGCUGGAGGCUGAGGGGCUGAGGAGACUCCGAACUGGGCCAAACUGGGCCGAACUGGGCCGAACUGGGCCGGAGAAACGGGAACGGAGAAAGGCGAAGUUGUCCCGGAAAGAGGUGAAGCGGCCGAAUUGGGGGAAAGAAGCGAAGAGGGGGCGGAAAAAACCGAACGGGAGCCGGGAAAAAACGAAGCGGGGCGGAAAAAAAAACCGAAGCGGGGCGGAAAAAAAACCGAAGCGGGGCGGAAGUAACGGAACCGGAACGGAAGUAGCGGGAGCGGAGCGGAAAUAAACGAGCGGAACCCCGGAGAGGGACGGAAAGAGGCGAAGGUGUCCGGAAAGAGGCGAAGGUGUCCGGAAAGAAGCGGAGGGGUACGGAAAGAGGCGAAGGUGUACGGAAAGAGGCGAAGGUGUCCGGAAAGAGCCGAAGUGCCGCCAUGUUGCUCUCGUUGCUGCUCGGGCUCCUCGAGGUUUCAGGAGCGCUGGGGGGCUGCGUGGAGGUGGCGUCGGGCACCGAGGCCGUGCUGGACUCUCCCUUUCGCCUCCUGUGCAUCGCCUGCAAGCGCCGCAGCGAAACCCCGGCCGAGGCCGAGAGCGAGUGGUUCUUCCGAGCCGAGGGGGAGUCCCAGUUCAGCAAGAUCCUUCACUACAGCCCCGAGGAGGGUCAGUGGGUGGCCCCAGGCCCAUUUUUCGGGGUGCUGGCCUGGAACGGCUCGCGGGGCACGCGGGACCUGCAGGAUCUCUCGGUGCGUUUGGAGCGCGUCGGCCGCGCCCACGCCGGGAUUUACGUCUGCCGCCUGCGCCGCAACCUCACCUUCGAGGGCUACACCUACAGCCUGGCCAGGAACCAGACCCUGCGGCUGGCCGUCGUCGAGAAGGCCCGGCGGGACCUGGCGUCCAUCGUGUCCGAAAUCCUG